AGGGAUUGAAUAUUUUAUUAUGCCAUAUAUUGUCUGUGUUUACAGUUCUUAAAAUAAAGUUUUAGUUUUUAAUAUUUACCUGUAGGAAUAUUGAAAGGCGCUCAAAUAAAAUGAAGCUCCUUAUUGUGGCUUUGGUUAUUGGACUCAGCCAAUGCUUUGGAGAAAAUAAUUCGUUACCUGGUGGAAUUAUGGAAUUGGACACAAAUGGUUUUCCACCAGAAUUUGGUCGGGCAUAUAAAAAAGCAAAGAUCCCAUUCAUUUUUAUUAAUGCUGAUAAAGUUACACAUCAGGUUGUAUCAGGAGUGAUGUAUACGGUUGAUUUCACUGCUGGUCCUGCUGAAUGUUUCAAAUGGAAUGGCUAUGGUCGUGACGAUGAUUGUGAAUCUAAAAAACAAAAAUGUCAUCUAAGUUAUGUUGUUCAAGCAUGGAAGAAAAAUAAUCUGACAGUUGUUGAUUCCAAAUGCCAAUUUGAUUCUGAUCCGGAACUAAUUGAAAGUCCAUUUGAUUCAAAUACUGAUCGUCGUGCUUUGAAUCUGUUCAAUGACUUCAUUACAGUACAUGGUAGACCGUACAGAAAUAAUACAAAUGAUGGAAUGUAUUGGAAAAGAUUUACUGUAUUCAAGAAAAAUUUGGCCAUUGUUGACAAACUUAACAGCAAUAAAGAUGACAAAGCUGAAUAUGGAGUCACACAAUUCAUGGAUUAUACUUCUCGGGAAUAUAAGAAAUAUUUGGCCCCUGGUUUCAUUGAUGCUGUGAAACCUGAACCAAGAUUAGUUGAUGUUGACAAUGUGGAAGAUGUACCAAAAUCUGUUGAUUGGACAAAACAAGGUGCAGUAACAGAGGUCAAAAAUCAGGGUCAAUGUGGAUCAUGUUGGGCAUUUUCCACCACUGGUAAUGUAGAAGGGCAAUGGUUCUUGAAAACUGGAAAAUUGAUAUCUCUUUCUGAACAAGAAUUAGUUGAUUGCGAUAAAACAGACCUUGGAUGUAAUGGUGGUCUGCCAGCAAAUGCUUACAAAAGCAUUGAAGAAUUAGGUGGACUGGAAAAAGAGAAGGACUAUCCUUAUGAUGCCAGAGGAGAGAAAUGUAGCUUUGAUAAAUCUGAGGUAGCUGUAUACAUCAAUGACUCAGUAACACUUCCAACUGAUGAAGGAAAGCUUGCUUCUUGGUUGUACAAAAAUGGACCAAUUUCUAUUGGAAUCAACGCUAUGGCAAUGCAGUUUUACAUGGGUGGAGUGUCGCAUCCAUGGAAAUUUCUCUGCAGUCCAAAGAAUCUUGACCAUGGAGUUCUUAUCACUGGAUACGGAGAGACUGACGAUGGAGAACCAUAUUGGAUCAUAAAGAACAGCUGGGGACCGAAUUGGGGAGAGAAAGGAUACUAUCGAAUUUACAGAGGAGAUGGUUCAUGUGGUGUGAACAAGAUGCCGACCUCAGCAAUCGUGAAAUGAGCAAAGAUCGAAUGCUAAAAUUUUCGACAGGAAUAUUCUUUUCUUUUUAUAUUAAUAUUUCGGCAUAGUUCCAUAUUAUAUGGUUGUAAUUUUAUCUCAAAUUUUACCCCACCAUACCAGUUGUCUUAAUCCAGAGCUUAAGCCAAUAGCAGGUUCUGAACUGUAGUUGUAUUUUGUCCCUAUAUCUUUUCCCCUUUUAUAUGUAUAUACAUCACAUUUUUGUCCAAUUUUAGCGUGAUGCACUUAAUGUUUAAUUACAGUUCCAUUGUGUCUGUUCUUAUAGUUUUAGGACCUCAUCUUUUGGUUAGUAUUAAAACUGCAAUACAAAUUGGUACACAAACAUGUUA